AUGACUUCAACUGUUGCAAAACGAAAAGAUCUUUUCUCGCCAGGCGACUGGUUAUAUUGGAGUUGUGAGUAUUUGAAAGCUCGCGAAUAUUUUCAAGAUAUUCUAAAGCAACCAUCUCUAAAUGCUUCUGAUUUAAGUCGAUGUUAUCGUUCAUUAGCUGCAGUCGAAGUUGAAUUAAAAAAUUAUGAUGAGGCAAUAAAACUUUACGAACAACAACUUGAUGUAUUACAAAAAAUGUCCGAUAUUGAAAAUCAACUCGAAGCGAUCACUUGGUGUUAUAUUUCUAUUGGUAAAGUCUAUUGGUUAAAAUCGAACUUUGAUGAAGCAAUAGCAUAUCAACAUCGAGCACUUGAACAUAUUCAAUCUUAUCUGACAUCUCCAACUCAAAUUUCAGCUGUUUAUAAGAAUUUGGCGAAUAUUUUUACAAGCACAAAAGAGUUUCAAAUAGCACUGGAAUAUUUUGAGAAAGCGCUUAGUAUUGAUGAUGAAUGUCAUCCAAAAAAUUAUCUUCAAUUUGGACAAACUUAUGCAAAUAUGGGAACCCUAACUGAGUCGCUUCGUUCGCUUUCGAAACGAAGUCAAACAAUCAUUUUUCUAUUUAACGGCUCUACAUGCACAAAAUUCUUCAACAGCAUUAUUUGA